UCGUUGCGUCUGUCUAUGGUUGGACUGAUCAUAUGAUCAAUUUAAUUUUCCUUCCAUUGUAUCUUUCUUAUUAGCUAUCCAGUUUUUCUUAAAACAAAACGAAGAAUCAACAUGAAGGGGUGUAUUUUUAAUAUUGAUGCUGGAUAUUUGGAAGGGUUGUGCCGCGGAUUCAAAUGUGGCAUUCUCAAACAAUCUGAUUAUUUGAACUUGGUGCAGUGUGAAACACUAGAAGACUUGAAACUUCACUUGCAAGGCACUGAUUACGGGACCUUCCUCGCCAAUGAGCCCAGCCCUCUCUCUGUGUCGACUAUCGAUGAUAAGCUUCGCGAGAAACUUGUUAUUGAAUUCCAGCAUCUCAGAAAUCAUUCUGUUGAGCCACUGUCUACAUUCCUGGAUUUCAUUACUUACAGUUAUAUGAUUGAUAACAUCAUCCUGCUCAUUACGGGCACUUUGCACCAGAGACCAAUUUCAGAAUUGAUCCCUAAAUGUCAUCCAUUGGGUUCAUUUGAGCAAAUGGAAGCCAUUCAUGUUGCUGCUACCCCAGCUGAGUUGUACAAUGCAGUGCUCGUUGACACACCAUUGGCUCCAUUCUUUGUGGACUGCAUUAGUGAACAAGACUUAGAUGAGAUGAAUAUUGAGAUCAUUCGUAACACUUUGUACAAGGCUUAUUUGGAAGCUUUCUAUGAUUUUUGCAAACAGAUUGGAGGAACUACAGCUGAUGUCAUGUGUGAAAUUUUGGCUUUUGAAGCAGAUCGCCGUGCCAUUAUUAUCACUAUUAACUCCUUUGGAACUGAGUUGUCUAAAGACGAUCGUGCUAAGCUUUACCCUCGCUGUGGAAAGCUGAAUCCUGAUGGACUGGCUGCCCUGGCACGUGCUGAUGACUAUGAACAGGUUAAGGCAGUGGCAGAGUAUUAUGCUGAGUACUCUGCUUUAUUUGAAGGUGCAGGAAAUAAUGUUGGUGACAAGACAUUGGAAGACAAGUUCUUCGAACAUGAGGUAAGCCUUAACGUUCAUGCCUUUCUACAACAAUUCCACUUUGGAGUAUUUUAUUCAUACUUGAAGUUGAAAGAACAGGAAUGCCGUAACAUUGUAUGGAUAAGUGAGUGUGUUGCCCAGAAACACCGCACUAAGAUUGACAAUUACAUUCCUAUAUUCUAAUUUGCUUUCAUAGUUGAAUAUUAAUUCACUUUUCUUUGUAUAUAUGAUAUAGUCAAAUAUCGGCACAUCCAUUCUCCUACAAGUAACAGUCAAAGAUCAAUAUAAUAGUAUAUAUAUAAAAUAGUAUAUAUAGCCUUUGACUGUAGAAUUUGUGUUUAAUCCUAGGAGAGAUCAGCAUACAGUAAAAUGUGUAUAACAAUAUGAUCAAAUUGGGGUUUGACUAAUAAAACCUAAGUUAGGAGUUAAACAAGAAUGUGUUAAUUUGUUGGUGUUAGAUAUAAACAACACUUAUCAGAAUGUUAUAGUUUAUUGUUACAAUAUAAAUGAAUAAUUAUACAGAAUAUUUAUUUUUAAUUUAAUGACUUUAAUUGACAAGUGGAAAGUUAGUUGCAAAUGUUUUACCUUUCUAUUUAAAUAUUUCUGAAACGCAUUUUGGAUUGCAACAAAAUUCGGGCUUUGUCUAUUAUAUGGACAGCUUAUUUUGCUUUCAAUACGAAAAGUAAUAUAGAUGACAGAAAUACAGUUCAAUGAGAAAGCUCCAUAUUGACCUUUGACUAUAACAUAAACACAUAUGUGUAUAACAAGCACAAAUAAGAAGUCUAUUACUGAUAAUUUUAAAACUUAAACAUUGUUCUUUUAUUUUCCAAUAUAAAUAACGCAUUAGAGUAACAGUAUUAUGUUUUAAAUGUACAUAGGAUUAUUUAUUCAUUAUAUUACUGUUCAAAUUCCGUAUUUCAUAUAUUUAAUGUUCCACCUAUUAAAUAUAUCUUAGGAAUUAGAAUGUAGGCAAAAUUUAUCUUAUCUGCUUUAAAGGACAAGGAUGGGAAGUAUUGAUAAAAUUAUUGUAAAAUAAACACUUAGAUGUUGUCAGUUGUUCCAUAAUUUACAAAUAUUAAAUUGGCGUCUUUAUUUUGUCGGGUUAUAGUUACCUGAUUAUAUCAUGUGUAUAUCUAUAUUAGCUCUGUUAUUACUAUU